CACACACUGACUGACAACACAACUGACACUUCCUUUUCCUUUUUACAUGUGAUGUCUGUCGAGUAGUCUCUUAACAGUGAUAGUCAUCAUCCGAUACAACAGCCAAUUGGAUCCAACAAACAAACAAAAAGGAUGCAGAUAUUUGUCAAGACGUUGACGGGUAAGACCAUCACCUUAGAAGUUGAACCGUCGGAUACCAUCGAGAAUGUCAAAGCCAAGAUCCAGGACAAGGAAGGUAUACCACCGGAUCAACAACGGCUGAUAUUUGCCGGCAAACAACUAGAAGAUGGCCGAACACUGUCCGACUAUAACAUCCAGAAAGAGUCGACACUGCAUCUGGUUCUUCGCCUAAGAGGUGGUGCCAAGAAACGCAAGAAGAAGAACUAUACGACACCGAAGAAGAAUAGCCACAAGAAGAAGAAAGUGAAGCUAUCGGUUCUGCGGUUUUAUAAAGUCGAUGAAAACGGAAAGAUUACACGUUUGCGUCGGGAGUGUACUAACGAUGAAUGCGGUGCCGGCGUAUUCAUGGCCUCCCACUUUGAUCGGCAAUAUUGCGGCAAAUGUGGCCUAACGUUUGUCUUCAACAAACCCGAAGACAAAUAAUAAAAGCCGCCGAUUGAUGAAGAGUUUUUGAAGAUCCGUUUUUUUCACACACAUUGAUAUUAUUAUUAUAAUUAUUAUUAUUAAAUGUAUUAUUGAUUUAAUAAGACAUUAAACAAAAAAUG